UUUAAGUCACAAAGAUGAAACAUGAAAACUAACGCAAUAAUUAUACUUUAUUAGACACAUUUCUAAUUCAAAAUGUUUUGUUUUGUGUGGUAGUCACCUCUGAAACGUGUGGCUGUCUUGUCCGUUCUCAAACGACAGGGGGAGACGAGCUCUUUGAUUCUGUUGUGACACACAAUGAAACGUUGACUACAGUCCAACUCCGUGUUCCUGCCUCGCCCUAAAAUUAGUGAUGAGAAAAUAACCCUUCAGUCAAUGUAUGAAGUUGUCACUGGAGUUUCCUCAGUUUCAGUGAGUGAAUAUUGAUAUUUCUGUUCUGUUAUUGAUAUUCUACCAAAGCGUCGUUAUAAAAUAACAGAAUAGUUUUUCUUUUACACAAAUGUAUUUCUAUUAAUAUGUGACCUUUUUAAUUCCACUGUAUGUGUAGAAUAAAUAACUAUGCUUUAGGAUAGACAAACAAACACACCGGAAAACGAAGGAUUAAUGCUAAAUAGCUAAUAUAGCUAAAUAGCUAAUAUCCGUAACCUAUAGAUAAACUUCGAUCACCUGACAGCACCUUCAGGACAGUUAUAGGUACUGCAGUAGUUCUGUGUUGUUUCAGUACUUACCGCAGUUAAUACACAGGAAACUUCACUCGGCGCAGGGAACAUAAAAAUAACAAACUGUCGAGUUCAUUUAAAUUAGGUUAGUGCAUGGUUUUCAAAUAAGACUUUUUGAAACAUCAAACUAAAGUGAGAACGAAAAUCAACGCCUUUCUCUGUUAUGUGUUUGCACAGAACAUUAACAUCACAUUGAACAUUACACUGAAUUACAGCAGUAUUUUGUUGUUUAAUUCGUUUUUUUAACUGGAAUUAUACAGUUUACAUCCUCACUUUAUACAUUUAUUUUCUAAAUUAAAGCUUGUUCGAAUGAAACAUUUAAUUAUUUGCCUUUUAAUUAUUAAAAACGAAUAUACUGUAUAUACCAGUGACACGUUCCGCCAAUGACCGUUAGUAAGUUUCAAUAAACUCUCGCGAGACAAUGAAGCGGAAGACAUUAGGCGAACCUCCCCGUAGUCGUAAACUGGAGCCGCUUACGUCGUGCAGGGAACGGCGACAGUGUUUGAAAGAAAACAAGAGCUCGGUGUUUGUUUUUAUUUCAAAAACAAGUGUUAAACCAGAGGCAGGGCGUAUUCUCAUCUCCUGCGCACAUUACUAGCUGUUAGGAAAAAGUGUUUUCAUGUGGUGGAGUUUGAAGUGUCAGUGUGUGGACACCUCCAACUGGAGGAUCGCAUCCGUUGGCCCGGAGGGUCAUCGUCCUCGACGACACCCUCUGCUUCCUAACUAAGUGUUUGGAAAAUGACCGGAGAGAAGAUCCGCUCCCUGCGGAAGGACCACAGGCCGGGCAAGGACGAGGAUUUACUGGAGCCGGAGGAGGAGGCGGCGACCGGGACCUUCAGUACCUCCAAGACGAACAACAAGAGCAGGGCGAGCAAGAUCUUCAGCAAUCACAAGUUAUUAAAGUCUCCGUCCACACAGCAACAACAGUCACAGAUCAACGCCAACUCCAACACACUGUCCACACCGGACGUUGUAGAUGACAACAACAAGAACCCCAUCAUCCGAACCGAGCAGGACUUUCCGGUCCACGAAUGUGUGUUUAAGGGAGACGUCCGGCGUCUGUCUUCGCUCAUCCGGACACAGAACAUCGCCCAGAAGGACGUGCACGGAAACACUCCGCUGCAUCUGGCUGUGAUGAUGGGCCACAAAGAAUGUGCCCACCUGCUGCUGGCCCACAAUGCACCAGUAAAGGUGAAGAACGCUCAGGGAUGGAGCCCCCUGGCAGAGGCCAUCAGCUACGGAGACCGACAGAUGAUCACAGCGUUGCUUAGAAAACUGAAGCAACAAUCCAGGGAGACGGUGGAGGACAAGAGGCCCAAGCUGCUGAAGGCCCUCAAAGAGCUGGGGGACUUUUACCUGGAGCUUCACUGGGACUUCCAGAGUUGGGUUCCUCUCCUCUCCAGGAUCCUCCCCUCAGACGCCUGUAAGAUCUACAAACAGGGCAUCAACAUCAGACUGGACACCACACUGAUCGACUUCACAGACAUGAAGUGUCAGCGCGGUGACCUCAGCUUCAUCUUCAACGGUAACGCCGUCCCAUCUGAGUCCUUUGUGGUCCUGGACAACGAACAGAAGGUCUACCAGCGGAUACACCAUGAGGAGUCGGAGAUGGAGACGGAGGAGGAAGUGGACAUCCUGAUGAGCAGCGAUGUCUACUCUGCUACACUGUCCACAAAGUCCAUCACGUUCUCGAGGGCACAGACCGGCUGGCUGUUCAGAGAAGACAAGACGGAGCGCGUGGGAAAUUUCCUGGCUGACUUUUACUCUGUGAACGGCCUGGUUCUGGAGUCCAGGAAGAGGCGGGAGCAUCUGAGUGAGGAGGACAUCAUGAGGAACAAAGCCAUCAUGGAGAGUCUGAGUAAAGGUGGAAACAUCAUAGAACAGAACUUUGAGUCGGUGAGAAGACCAUCUCUGACGCCCCCGUCCCCCAGCACCAUCUGCUGGGAAGAAUAUAUCAAUGCAGACAACGGAAGAGCUCCUCAUCUGGGACGAGAACUGAUCUGUAAGGAGAGCAAGAAAAACUUCAAAGCCACCAUAGCCAUGAGUCAAGACUUCCCUCUGGGAAUCGAAUCGUUGUUAAAUGUUCUGGAGGUGAUUGCACCUUUCAAGCACUUUAAUAAACUCAGAGAGUUUGUACAGAUGAAACUCCCUCCUGGUUUUCCUGUCAAACUCGACAUUCCUGUCUUUCCCACCAUCACGGCCACCGUGACGUUUCAGGAGUUCCGCUACGACGAGUUCGAUGACUCCAUUUUUAUCAUUCCUGAUGACUAUAAGGAAGAUCCUAGUCGCUUCCCCGACCUUUAACCUCUCUGGAACCUGAAACAGAAGAAUAUUGUUCUGCUGUGCGUGACCGUGCUAUGAAACAUUUUUUUGAAAUGCAAAAGGAAAUCUGGAGGGAAAACGAUUUUGAUAUGAUUAUAAACCACGGCCAGUCAACGGAGUUUGAUCAAAGACGUGGUUCGGAUCUGUGGUGUGGGACGCGACCGAUCAGUGAAGAAGAAGAAGACGAAGCUGCUGAGGUUCCAAGUAUGUGAGUUAGGGAGCGUGUUCAAACUGAGGUGUAGUGAAGCACUGAUUCUAUGGUGUAAAGAAAUCCACUCAUGGUCCAACCAGAAACCAGGUUUUUAAUGUUCUUUUUCUAUUGCUGUAGAUUUUAGGAAAUCCUAGGGUUCAAAGUCAUUUUAACUUUGUGAUACCAGAUGUUACAUCUCUGAGACAGACGUGGCACUGACUGAGUGUCACACUAACUUUGAACAUUUUAGCAAAGUUAUUACCUUUCCUAUAGAAAAUAAGACAAAACAUGUGGAAUAAUGUAGUGUCACUGAGGUGAAAAACCGCAGCUUUUUUCAGAUGGUACCGUAGAUGAUUCAGGUGACGUGUGGUGUCGGAGCAUUCUGUUGUUAACCUUCUAAAGGAAGAGUCUCGAACUCAUUAAAAAUGAAUUGAUGCCAGUUUAAAACCAGACAUUUACUUUUCUGUUUCUUUGCUGUUCUUUUUUUAUUUGUACCUUGACGUUUUGUUGGUGGGUUUUUAUGUAGUAAAGAGUUUGUUUCGUCA